AUUUCCAAGUAAGUAUUGAAAUUUAGAAUAAUGGAACAACUAGAAUAAUUUUUAUUGCUUACAAGAAUCUGGAUCAAUGGCUAAGCCCGUAAACAUUUCAUUAACUUCUAAUAAAGCAGAGAGCUUUGGCCAAAACAGGAAGAAAUGGGGAUUCUUUCUUUUACAUUUUUGAGUACCAUUCUGAUAGCUUUAUUCUCCGAGUUGUCAGUGGCAGUUGACACCAUUUCUGGAUCCCAGUCCAUCAGUGAGAACAGCAGCUUAGUCUCCAAACAUGGAAGAUUUGAACUGGGUUUCUUCAGUCCAGGGAGUUCCACAAACAGAUACGUGGGAAUAUGGUACAAGGAUAUCCCAUUUAAAACUGUUGUUUGGGUGGCAAACCGGCAGAAUCCAAUCAAUGACUCUUCCGGAACUUUGAUGAUUAACAGAACAGGACAUCUUGUCCUUCUUCGACAGAAGAGUAGUGUUGUUUGGUCAGCAAGUCCAACUCAAUCUGUCCAGGCUCCAAUAUUGCAGCUUUUGGAUACAGGAAAUCUAGUACUAAGAGAUGAGAAAGAUGAGAAUUCAGAGAACUAUCUGUGGCAGAGUUUUGAUUAUCCUACUGAUACUUUAUUACCAGGUAUGAAACUCGGAUGGGACUUGAAAACUGGUCUUGAACGCCGUAUAGUAUCAUGGAAGAGUCCUGAUGACCCUUCUCCGGGAGACUUUUCUUGGAGGAUUGAACUUCAUAACUAUCCCGAGGGUCAAACGUGGAAAGGCUCCAAAAAGUACUAUCGUGAUGGCCCCUGGAAUGGCCUUCGAUACACUGGUAAUCCAGAGUUAAAACCCAACUUGUUAUUCACUUUCGAAUUUGUUAACCAUAAAGAUGAAGUUUACUACAUCUUUCACCUCAAAAAUGAAUCUGUAAAAACAAGGAUUGUUGUGAACCAGACCAAUGGUUAUAUUCGGGAACGCUGUGCUUGGAAUUCAGAAACUCAAAGUUGGGAUGUGUUCUCAUCAAUGCCAAGAGACAAUUGUGACGGGUAUGGUUUGUGUGGGGCCUACGGAAACUGUGUCAUUUGGGAGGCCCCUGUUUGCCAAUGUUUCAAGGGUUUCAAGCCAAAAGGAAACUUCAUGGACUGGUCUCAAGGAUGCGUACGGAAUAAACCAUUAACCUGCCACGACAAACAUUCAUCUGCGUUUGUCAAAAUUAGUGGCUUGAAAUUGCCUGAUACUACAUAUACUUGGGUAAAUGGCAGUAUGAAUCUUAAGGAAUGCAAAGCCAAAUGCAUGAGCAAUUGUUCUUGUACGGCUUAUACAAUUUCUGAUAUCAGUGGAAAAGGAAGUAGCUGUGCUAUGUGGUUUGGGGACUUGAUUGAUAUUAGAGAGCUUCAAGUUGGUGGGCAAAAUCUACAUGUUCGAAUGCAUGCUUCAGAGCUAGGUGCGAAUGGUGAACAUAAGUUGAAGAUGGUAGUGGAGGUCUUGGCUGUCAUUUUUGUGGUCGGUGGGACAUUUUUGCUUGUUCAUUGCAUACGAAAAAUCAGGGCAAGGAAAGGCUUAGAAGACAAUGCAUGGAACGGUGUAAGAAUAAAAAAUAAGAGAAAUGAAGGCCAAACAGAAAACCUGGAGGUGCUUUUCUUUGGCCUAGAUAAGAUUGUUAAGGCCACAGCAAACUUUUCAAGUAGCAACAAGCUUGGGGAAGGAGGUUUUGGACCUGUUUACAAGGGUACACUAGAAGACGGCCAGGAAAUUGCUGUGAAGAGGCUUUCUAGGAGUUCAGAACAGGGGCAGAAUUAAUUCAAAAAUGAAGUCAUUCUAAUUGCAAAACGUCAACACAGAAAUCUAGUAAAGCUUCUUGGUUUUUGCUUUCAAGGGGAAGAAAAAAUGCUAAUUUAUGAAUAUAUGCCCAACAAAAGCCUGGACUACUUCAUUUUUGAUCAAACAAAAAGUAAACUGUUAGAUUGGUCCAAGCGCUACCACAUAAUCUGCGGAAUUGCAAGGGGGAUACUAUAUCUUCAUCAAGAUUCAAGAUUAAGGAUCAUACACAGAGAUCUCAAAGCCAGCAAUGUUUUACUGGAUAAUGAAAUGAAUCCAAAAAUUUCAGAUUUUGGUAUGGCAAGAACUUUUGGUGGAGAUCAAAGUGAAGGGAAUACAAGAAGAGUGGUUGGAACAUACGGUUACAUGGCACCUGAGUAUGCCAUAGAUGGUCUUUUCUCGGUGAAGUCAGACGUAUUUAGCUUUGGGAUUUUGUUGCUGGAGAUAAUAAGUGGAAAUAAAAAUAGAGGUUUCUAUCAUCUAAACCACAGUUUAAACCUUAUUGGACAAGCAUGGAGAUUGUGGUUAGAAGGCAGACCUUUGGAACUUAUCAAUCCAUGCUUCAAGGACUCAAGCAACCUUUUUGAGGUGCUGCGUUGCAUUCAUAUUGGUCUUUUAUGUGUGCAAGAGCACCCUGAAGACAGGCCAAGCAUGUCUUAUGUGGUUGUGAUGUUGGGUAGUGAAAGUGCUUUGCCUCAGCCCAAACGACCUGCUUUCUCAUUAGGUGUAGCCCCUGUUGCAGCAUAUUCUUCACCGAAGAAGGUUGAAUUCCCUUCAACCAGUGAAAUUACAGUAACUCUUUUAGCACCUCGAUAGAGGUUUGUAGUUACGGGCCUAGUAUAUUCGCUUUUAGUCAUCAAUACAUUUCCUUUGUCAUAGUUUUAGCAAGCUAGUUUGUGUGAAUAAAAAUGAAAAAAUAUCUUAAAUGGUCCUGAUUCCUUUUUGCUGAAAGUUAACCAAUUGUUCAACCUUUAAAUGAAUAUUGGAUACACAAAGAGAAGAAGAGAGUAAAAAAAUAAAAUAAAAUUUAGAAAAGCAAAUGUAUGUACAAUACUCCUAACCAUUUUCCAGCCAAGUUGACAUACUUGAUACUGAUAUUUCUCAAGCUGUAACCAUUUACGUGUAUAAAAGUGCUUA